AUGCAAGUAGAAAUUGAAAUGCUUACAUUAUCAAUUUUGUCUAGCUUAGAGUAUUCCAAUCUAUUUUUGAUUACGACUCAGCUAUCUAACGAAGAGGGUCCUCUAUUAGUUGGCAAAUAUCUAAGGAAUUAUCUAGCUCAUGGAAAUGCUGUUGCGGACAUUUUAAUGGAUUCCACUCAGUCAUUAUUUAUAUUUACUUUGAAGAUUAUCAAGCAUGAUAUUUAUCGAAAGGGAAAUUUUAGAAUAAAGCGCAUAAAGAAUCUAUGGAAUGCAAAAUCUAUUGUUGAAAAUCAAGAAAGUCUGUUUUGUGCUUUGUCUAACGGCUCCUUAGCUAAUGUGAAACAUUGGAUGAAAGAAGGAGCAGAUAUUUACGGAAGGGAUCCUGACAAGAAAACAGCUUUGCAUUUUGCUUCAAAAUCUUUUAACAUUACUAUUAUAAAGUUCUUAAUUGAUCGCGGAUUAAAUCCAAAGACCAAAGAUGUUAAUGAUAUAAAUAUUCUUCACAUAGCAACUGCAUCAGGAUGUAAGGAAGCAGUUUCGUAUAUUAUAGAAGAUUUGGAAAUAUCAGUUGAUGAAAAAUUAAAAUAUAAUCAAACAGCUCUUCAUAUUGCAGCAGAAAAAGGAUUUUUUGAUGUCGUUGAAAUUUUACUUCAUCACAAAGCUACAAUCAACGUUGGUCAGUUUCAUGAGACGCCACUGUACAAAGCUGUAAUUAAUGAUAAAGCAAAAACCGCUGACUUAUUACUUCAGAAUGUUCAGGAUAUAAAUUCAAUCCGACAUGCAUCAGGAAAGACUUUAUUACAUGUGGCUGCUGACUUGGGACACAAGAGCAUGGUGGAAUAUUUACUCUGUAAAGGAACAGAUGUUAAUUCUGUAUCUGAUACACGGGUCACACCAUUGCACAAAUCUGCUUACGCUGGUCAUCUAGAAAUUGUCUCAUUAUUGAUUUCUAAUGGGGCAAUCGUAAAUGCUAAGGAUUCAGCUGACAACAUUCCACUUCAUUUUGCUGCUUUUAAUGGACAGUCAUCGACUGCUGAAAUUUUAUUAACACAUGGUGCAGAUUUCAAUGCUUUUAACAAAGAAAAACUUUCACCUUUGCAUCGAGCCAUUUUGAAUGGACAUAUAAAUGUAUUGAAAUCUUUCAUUGAACACGGCGCAAGUAUUGAAGAUGUUGAAAGACGGGGUUUUCCAGUAUUUGAAUAUGCAAUCCCUCAUAAUAACUUAGAACUCAUAAAUAUUUUAAUCGAAAAUGGAAUGUCGAUUAACAUAAGGGACCCUAAUGGUUGUACUCCUCUUCAUCAAAGUAUAAGAAAUGGUUCGGUAAAUAUUUCGCUGAAAUUAAUCGAAUGGGGAGCCGACAUUAAUUCAGUAGAUAAAUUCAAUCUUACUCCUUUGAGCCUUUCUAUCAAACUUGGUUAUUUUGAAAUAGUAGAUAAACUGUUAUCCGAACAGGCAAAUAUUCAUUCUGUAGAUUAUAAAGGACACACUUUGUUGCAUAUGUGUGUCUUAAAUUUUAAACUUUGGGACUCUAUGGGUGAAGAAUAUUUUACAGAGACCUACAAUAAUUUAGUUUCUAAUCCGAGUAGGCUUAACAUUUUUAAAAAGCUGGUAGAAAAUGGAAUUAGUAUUGAAAGUGAGAAUAUCUUUGGCAGAACUCCGUUGCACUUAGCUUGCAUCUCAGGCUAUGAUGACAUCGUUCAGUAUUUAAUCCCUAAAUUAUUUGACAUUAAUGCUUACGACAAACUAGGGUAUACACCCUUACAUCAUGCUGUCAGACAUAAUCACCUGAAUGUCUUAAAUAUACUGUUAGACAGUAAAAACUGUUGUUUGGAUUCCAAGACGUUUAAAAACGAAACAGCUCUAUGCUUAGGUGUAUUAAACAAUUAUACAGAAUCAACGCAACUGUUAAUCAAAUAUGGAGCUGAUGUGAAUGAUGGGGAUCCUCUUCAUGAAGCUCUUAUGCGUGGAAAUCAGGAUAUGUGUAUAAUUCUUCUAGAAAACAAAUCAACCAAUAUCGAAAAGCAGUUUAAAGAUAAAUCUGAAACGCUUCUUUGGUUCGCCGUGAAUAAAGGUCUGAAACGUGUGGUAUCUUUUGUUCUAGAUAAAAAGAAACUUUCGACGUCUGAUGAUUUAAAUGAAAUCUUAUACUUUGCCCUUCACGGGGGUUACGAUGACAUUGUAAACAUUUUAUUAAAUCAUGGAGCUGAUGUAAACUUUAUUUUUAAACUAAAUUUUUCCCCUUUGCAUCUAGCAGUGUUUUGUGGACAUUUCGACAUCAUUAAACUAUUGUUAGAAAGAGGAGCAGAUUUUAAUAAACUGAAUUCCGAAAAUCAGAGACCGGUUGAUUUGGCUGUAUUUCUGGGUCAUUUGGAAUCUGCGCAAAUAUUUUUUCAGAAAAAAAUUAUAGACAUAAAUGAAAAAAUCCAUGGCGAUUCUACUUUGUUAAAUUUAGCUGCUGAAUGUGGACACCUGGACUUAGUAAAAUUUCUCAUAAAUGAAGGUGCCGAUUUAAAUGUAAUUGGAAGUUUCGGCUCAAAACCCAUACACAUAGCUGCUUAUUAUGGACAUUUGCACAUUGUUAAAUACUUUAUUCAACGCGAUGAAAAACUGCUAACAGACCGUGGAUGGGCAAAUAUGAGUCUUCUUCAUUACGCAGCCGGUGAAGGCCAAACAGAAGUUGUUAAAUAUCUAAUUGAAAAAGGAAUUGAUGUCAAUGAUGAGUGUGACGAUGGAUUCCGACCAAUUCAUUUUGCAGUAAAGUUUAACCAUGAGGAAGUAAUCAAAGUAUUGCUAAACUAUGGUGCUAUUUAUGACUGCGUUAUAUUGCAUGAGAUUGAAAAUAAAGACAUUAAAGGAAUCUUUCUGAUGACAAAAGAACUUUUUCAUUCAGUUAUAAGCAAUAAUAUUUCAAAAGUUAUAUCACUUGUUGAUGAGGGUGCGUGCAUCAAUGAUAAGGAUUCAACAGAUA